AUGGCAGACCUAUCCACAUGUCCGCCUCUAACCAGAGACUCGGUCCGCGCCGCCCAAGAUCUCAUCAAACCCUACGUCCACCUCACCCCCGUCCUCACCAAUGCGACCCUCACGCGGCUCGCCUCCACGCCGCGCUCUGCCGCCGACCUCGAGGGCACACGAUGGGCGGGCCGAACUCCGGCGCGCCCGACGGUGCGGCUGUGGUUCAAGUGCGAGAAUUUCCAGCGGAUCGGGGCGUUCAAGGCGAGAGGUGCGUUUCAUGCCGUGGAGAGGCUGAAGAAGGAUAAGGCUUGGGUCGAGGGAGGAGGCAUGGAGAGGGGGAUUCUUACGCAUAGCUCUGGCAACCAUGCUCAGGCCGUUGCCCUCGCAGCCAAGGAGAACAACAUACCCGCCUACAUUAUCAUGCCCGAGAUCUCGGCACCCCCCAAGAUCGCCGGCACCAAAGGCUACGGGGCCAAUGUCAUUUUCAGCGGGUCCACGGCGCCCGAGAGGGAGGCCGCUGCAGAGAAGGUCCUCAAGGAGACGGGGGCGACGUUUGUGCCGCCGUAUGAUCAUCCAGACAUCAUGCUGGGCCAAGGUACGCUCGGGCUGGAGCUGCAGGAGCAGGCGGCGGCGGCGGCGGCGGCGACUGAGGGCAAGGCAAAAGGCCUGGACGUCAUCCUGGCGCCGUGCGGCGGAGGAGGCAUGCUCUCGGGCGUGGCACUAUCCUGCGAGGGUACAGGCAUCACUGUCUUCGGCACCGAGCCCGAGUUCCAGGGCGCCGAUGACUGCAAGCGCGGGUUUGAGGCCGGCCACCGCAUUGAGGCUGUUUCAUCCCUCACCAUCGCCGACGGCCUGCGCACCCCCGUCGGUAAGUUCCCCUGGUCUGUCAUCUACGAGCGGCGCCUGGUGCGGCAGAUGUUCAGCGCCACGGAGGACGAGAUCAGGGAUGCGCUGGCUUUGGUGCUCGAGAGGAUGAAGGUUAUGGUCGAGCCAAGCGCCGUAGUUCCGCUGGCGGUGGUGCUCUUCAAUGAGGACUUUCGAUCGCUGGUGGAGAGGGAGGCUGGAGAGGAAGGGUGGGAUAUUGGGGUUGUAUUCAGUGGGGGAAAUGUUGCUCUGAAGAACUUGGGUAAGAUAUUUGGCUCUUGA